AUGGGCAAUUCAAACACCAAGCCCAUCAUCUACACCGAUGAGGUCAAUCUCAAUCACUUCCGCCUCUUGCGGGUCGUAGGAAAGGGUGCAUUUGGCAAAGUCAGGAUCGUGGAGCGAAAGGAUACCGGUCUGACGUUUGCGCUGAAAUACAUUCGCAAAGAUGAAGUGGUCCGAUCGGAAAGUGUGCGGAAUAUCAUUCGGGAGCGUAGGAUGUUGGAACAUCUGAAUCACCCAUUCCUGUGUAAUUUGCGGUACAGUUUUCAGGACAUGGAAUACCUGUAGGUCAUCGGCGGAUGCUGAUGGAUCGGAGAAGUGCAGCUGACGGGGGAAUGCAGCUACAUCGUCGUUGACUUGAUGAAUGGAGGUGACCUGAGAUUCCACAUUUCGAGAAAGACUUUCACCGAAGAAGCCGUGAGAUUUUGGAUAGCCGAGCUUGGGUGUGCACUACGAUAUAUCCAUAAACAGGGCAUUGUGCACAGGGACGUCAAACCGGACAACGUACUGCUGGACUCGGAAGGCCACGUGCAUCUGGCCGACUUCAAUGUUGCUUCAGACAUCACUCCUGGCAAGCCACUGACAAGCAAGUCGGGCACUCUGGCUUACCUUGCCCCAGAAGUAUACGGUGGAAAGGGCUACUAUUCUGAAGUGGACUGGUGGUCACUUGGCGUACUCUUCUACGAAUGCAUCUACAACAAACGGCCUUUCGAGGCCAAUCAUCAUGACCAACUCGCACAGGCUAUCAUCAGAGCCGAUCCGCCGUUCCCGGUCACCUCACCACCCGUGUCUAUGCCGUGCCUGCACGCAAUUUCAUCUCUCCUGGAGAAGAACAAGACCCUGCGAAUUGGCGCGGCUGGAUUUGAAACCUUUACUGACAAUCCCUUCUUCCGCGAAUAUGACUUUGGGGCUUUGGAGCGGAAGGAAAUUGACCCGGUGUUUUGUCCACCGAGUGAGAAGACCAAUUUUGACGCCACGUAUGACCUGGAGGAGUUGCUCUUGGAAGAGGCGCCUCUGGAGGCCCGAGCACGGAAGCAGAAGCCUAGACCGGAACUGAGAGAAGACGCAACUCCGAGUGAAAUUAGAACGGAAGAGCUUCAUCGCAUGAUUGAGUCGAUGUUCGAGCCCUUCAACUACACCGUCGUGCCGCAAGACCGGGAACCUGUUCCCGCUGUACAGGACAUGCCGCGAGGUGGGCCGUCUGCAUCAUCCAGUCGACCACACACGCAGCACGACAAGGCUUCACCAAUCGACCGCUCGACGCCCAAAGCAUACUCAGACAAGUCACGGUCAAUACCGACAUCACGCUCGCAGACGCCGGGCAGCGCUACGAGGACGACGCGGUCGUCUACACACUCGCCAGAUGGCUCUCCUCCACUCCCUGCUGCUGCAUUAGACUACACGUUAGCGCCGACUUCCGAGCCUCGGGAAUACUUUCCGCCGCCAACUUCAGACCCGCAUGUUGCAUCUGCGCUGCACCAGAUCGCACACGAUCCCAAUCAAAUGACGAGGGUGAAGACUGUCCGGUAUGACGAGACAGUACCAGCGCCGCCUCACUCACCCGGUGGACAUCUAAAGAGUAAUAGCAUGCACCGACCUCGUGGUGCGAUGAGGAGCACUUCGCAGGGCGGAGGCGUACAAGUCGUGCUUGAUGAGCAUGGCAGUUGGAGUGACAUGGCAAAUUCAAGCCAAGGGAUGGUCCAGCCCACUGAUGACCAGCGACAACAGAAACCGUCGGGCAUGCUGGGUUUCUUGAGUCGAAAGAAGGGUCGAGACAGGAGUCCGAAGGCGAAGGAGAAGGAGAGAGGAGUUCUGGGUAAAGAAGGUGCCCGAGUCGUCAUUUCACAUGGAUGA